AAUUUUCAAAGGGAUGUAGUAGCCAAAAUAAUAAUAGUUAUCAGUGUAGGCAUAAAAAGAAAGAGGUAGGAUUGAAUUACAUGUUAGAUCGCUUAAAGGCUUAACGUGAAGGAUAAUUAAAUAAAAAAGAAUAGGCUUUGAAUAAAUUAAGUGAUGAAGAGGUAGUUGCAUAACUAAAGGCUAAAGGAUUGGGAGUGUAUGGAACAAAGUAAGAGAAAUUAGAGAGGUUAAAGAAGGCAAUUGGUAAUUGAUGUAUUAAUUUAAUUAAAGGGAUUGAAGUUAUUAAAAGUGAAUAGGCACCAUAAUAAUAGUAGAUGCCAGUUUAAUAGCCAAUUUAACCACCAAAAGGUUCAGUAGUAGAUAACAUAAAGAAAAUGGAAUAAUAAAGGGAAGAACGUAGAAAAAAUAUGUAAGAGAUGAAAAGAGAAAAGGCAGAGAGAGAAGAAUAAAAUUAAAUAUUAGGUAAAAAUGUUGAUGUGGAAUUUGAAUUGAUGAUUGAUAAAAGUAGACUUAAGGGAGGAUUGAUUUAAGAACAUUAAACAACAGAAAAUAUAAAAUUAUGUGUAUGUGUUAGGAAAAGACCAAUUUUUAAAAAAGAAGAAGUAGCUGGAGAAAUAGAUGCAAUAAGUUGUGCAAAUCCAAUGAUUCGAGUACAUGAAUCAAAAUUAAAAGUAGAUGGUAUUACAAAAUAUGUUGAAAAUCACGAUUUUUAAUUUGAUAAUACAUUCAGUGAGGUAGAAUAGGGAAAGGAUAUAUAUGAUGUAAGUUUGGCACCAUUAAUGGAAAUGUUAGUUAAUUAAGGUGUGGUUACAUGUUUUGCUUAUGGAUAAACAGGAUCUGGUAAGACAUAUACGAUGAAAAGCAUAUAAGAAUUAUUAGCUAUUGAUUUAUACAAGUUGAUUAAUGCUUCCCCACAAUUUAAAAUUGUUGUGUCAUUCUUUGAAAUUUAUGGAGGAAAAUGUUAUGACUUACUAAAUAAUAAAGCACCAUUAUAAAUUUUAGAAGAUAAAAAUAAUAACAUAUAAGUUUAAGGAUUGAUUGAAAGACCAUGUGAAUCUGAAAAUGAAUUGUUCUAAUUAAUGGAACUGGCUAAUUCUGUUAGAACAACACAUGCAACUGUUGCAAAUGAUACAUCUUCAAGAUCUCACUCGAUUUGUCAAAUUAUGAUUAGAUAAGGCAAUGCAGAUAUGGGAAAACUUAUCUUAGUAGAUUUGGCUGGUUCUGAGAGAGCUUAAGAUACUUAAUCAAAUAAUAGAUAAAGAAGAUUGGAAGGUGCUGAAAUUAACAAAAGUCUUUUAGCUUUAAAAGAGUGUAUAAGAGCAAUGGAUUCAGCUUAAGGUCAUGUACCAUUUAGAGCAUCUAAAUUAACUUUAGUACUUAGAGACUCCUUUACAGCGAAAUCAAAUAAAUCAAGAAUUAUAAUGAUUGCAUGUAUUAGUCCAGGUAGCUCUUCCGCUGAUCAUUCAUUAAAUACUCUUAGAUAUGCUGAUAGAUUAAAAGAUAAAUCAAAUUAAUCAAAAGUAUAAUUGGAAGAACGGGAAGUAUCUAACGAAGAAUUAUUAUAUCGAUAAUAGUAACAAUAUGCUUUUGAUAAUAAUAAUAAUAACAACAAUAAUAAUAACAACAAUAAUAAUAACAAUAAUAACAAUAAUAAUUAUAAUAAUAAUAACAAUAAUAUUAAUAACAAUAAUAACAAUAAUAAUAAUAAUAAUAAUAAUAAUAAUAAUUAUAACAGUAAUAACAAUAAUAUUAAUAAAUAAUAGUAGCAAUAAGAAAAAUAAAAUACUCCCUUAUAAUUACCAAAAAUUAAUGAUGCUAGAAAUUAAAAUAAUUAAAAUGCAGCAAAUUUAAAAAAGAAUUAAUCAUAAGGGCCUGAUAAAGAAAAGCCAAAAUCGCAACCAGUACCACCACCAAAAUAAUCAAAGAGAAUAAAUUCAGUUCAGGAAGAAUCUGAUGAUGAAGUGGCUGCUGAAGAAUUAGUUAAUAAAAAAAAUGGUUAAGUAAAGGAGGAUGUAAGAUGUAUGAAAGAAACGAUGAUGAAAAACGAGCAAAAUAAUAUAAAUGGUAACGGAAAUGAAUUUUUUGAUCUUCAUGAGAAAAUAAAUACAAUAUUGGAAGAAUAAGAUGAAAUACUAAAUAUUCAUAUGGCUGCUAUAAAAGUAUGAAAUUUAAAGAAAAUUUAAUAGGAAGAUGCAAAAUUGUUGUAAUAAGAAAGUGAAUUGAUUCAAUCUAUUUAAGGUGUAGGAAUAGUAGAUUAUGAUGUAGAUACUUAUGUUGGAAACUUGGAAGCAUUUAUAAAGAAGAAAUUAAAAAUUUACAAUUUGUUAAACAAGAAAUUGCAAGUAUUCAAGUACUUCUAUUGGUUAUAUGAAUUUUAGGACUCAUUUGAAAGAGGAAGAAGAGAUAAGUUCAAAGAUGAAGAAUACAUUCUAUUAUUGAAAAUAUUACAUAUAUUAUAUAAAAUCUCAAACAUACUGG